UCCUGCCUUCUAUCACCAUGGGGUGCCAUCUCAGCCCCCACCUCUGUCUGGUAUCUUUGGUCUUGGGCCUCUUGCCCAGAGGUGUGAACACAAUUCCAUUGCUGGCCCAGCCCCAAGGCUCCUGCUCUCUGGAGGGGGUAGAGAUCAAAGGUGGCUCCUUCCAACUUCUCCAAGAGGGCAAGACCCUGGAGUACAUAUGUCCCUCUGGCUUCUACCCAUACCCUGUCCAGACACGCACCUGCAGAUCCACAGGGUCCUGGAGUUCCCUAAAGACUCGAGACCAAAAGAUUGUCAAGAAAGCAGAGUGCAGAGCGAUUUACUGCCCAAGACCUCAGGAAUUUGAGAAUGGGUACUACUGGCCCAGGUCUUCUUAUUACAAUGUGAGCGAUGAGAUCUCUUUCCAAUGCUACCAUGGAUACAUUCUCCGGGGCUCUGCCAAUCGCACCUGCCAAGUAAAUGGCCGGUGGGAUGGGCAAACAGCAAUCUGCGAUGAUGGAGCGGGGUACUGCCCAAACCCGGGCAUUCCCAUUGGCACAAGGAAGGUGGGAAGCCAGUACCGCCUUGAAGACACAGUCACUUACCACUGCAGCCGGGGGCUUACCCUGCGUGGCUCCCAACAGCGAAAAUGCCAGGAAGGUGGAUCUUGGAGUGGGACAGAGCCUUCCUGCCAAGACACCUUCAUGUAUGACACCCCUCAAGAGGUGGCCGAAGCCUUCCUGUCUUCCCUGACAGAGACCAUAGAAGGAGUUGAUGCUGAGGACGGGCACAGCCCAGGGGAACAACAGAAGCGGAAGAUUGUCCUGGAUCCCUCAGGCUCCAUGAACAUCUACCUGGUGCUGGAUGGAUCUGACAGCAUUGGGACCGGCAACUUCACAGGGGCUAAGAGGUGUCUCGCCAACUUAAUUGAGAAGAUAGCAAGUUAUGGGGUGAGGCCAAGAUAUGCUCUAGUGACAUAUGCCACAGAACCCAAAGUUGUGAUCAGAGUGUCUGAUCAAAAGAGCAGCGAUGCAGACUGGGUCACAGAGAAACUCAACCAAAUCAGUUACGAAGACCACAAAUUGAAGACAGGGACUAAUACCAAGAGGGCCCUCCAGGCAGUGUACAACAUGAUGAACUGGGCAGGAGAUGUCCCCCCUGAAGGCUGGAACCGUACUCGCCACGUCAUCAUCCUGAUGACUGAUGGCUUGUACAACAUGGGUGGGGAUCCAGUCACUAUUAUUGGUGAGAUCCGGGACUUGCUGGACAUUGGCAGGGAUCGCAAAAACCCAAGGGAGGAUUAUUUGGACGUAUAUGUGUUUGGGGUCGGGCCUCUGGUGGACCAAGUGAACAUCAAUGCUUUGGCUUCCAAGAAGGACAAUGAGCAGCAUGUGUUCAAAGUCAAGGACAUGGAAAAUCUGGAGGAUGUUUUCUACCAAAUGAUUGAUGAAACCCAGACUCUGGGGCUCUGCGGCAUGGUUUGGGAACACAGGAAAGGUACUGAUUACCACAAGCAACCAUGGCAUGCCAAGAUCUCAGUCACUCGCCCUUUGAAGGGACAUGAGAAUUGUAUGGGGGCUGUGGUGUCUGAGUACUUUGUGCUGACAGCGGCACACUGUUUCACUGUGGAUGACCAAAAACACUCAAUCAAGGUCAGCGUGGGAGGGAAGAGGCAGGACCUGGAGAUAGAAGAAGUCCUAUUUCACCCCAACUACAACAUCAAUGGGAAAAAGGAAAAAGGAAUUUCUGAAUUUUAUGACUAUGAUGUUGCCUUGAUCAAGCUCAAGAAUAAACUGAAGUACAGCCAGACUCUUAGGCCCAUUUGUCUGCCCUGCACCGAGGGAACAACUCGAGCUUUGCGACUCCCUCAGACAGCCACUUGCAAGCAACACAAGGAAGAGCUGCUCCCUGUCAAGGAUGUCAAAGCAAUGUUCGUUUCUGAGGAAGAGAAAAAGCUGACUCGAAAGGAGGUUUACAUCAAGAAUGGAGAUAAGAAAGCCAGCUGUGAGAGAGAUGCUCAAUAUGCUCCAGGCUAUGAUAAAGUCAAGGAUAUCUCAGAAGUUGUCACCCCUAGGUUCCUCUGCACUGGAGGGGUAUAUCCCUAUGCUGAUCCCAAUACUUGCAAAGGUGACUCUGGUGGUCCUCUGAUUAUUCACAAGAAAAGUCGCUUCAUUCAAGUUGGUGUGAUCAGCUGGGGAGUAGUGGAUGUCUGCAAAGACCACAGACUGCAACAGCAGGUACCUGCUCACGCCCGGGACUUUCACGUCAAUCUCUUCCAAGUGCUGCCCUGGCUCAAGGAGAAACUCAAAGAUGAGGAUCUGGGUUUUCUAUGAGGGUUUUCCUGCUGGA